AUGACCUCUACUAUUGAAUAUCUGGCAAAUGCCAAGUACUUGAAGGAUUUUUCCACAUCCGGUCUCAUCUUCCCACCGAAGCAGCCCUCACCCCAGAGCAGCUUCCACGGCACUUCACCCUCCCCGAUCAACGAAACCCAGUUUACAGCAAGCGCCCAGAAGACCUCACCUGAGAACGCCACACCCGAGAACGCCACACCCGAGCAGACCAAAAAAUGGUACAGGUCCCUCUCCCGCGUCGACCAGCUCGAGUACCUCGUCAAGAUCAAGAUCGAGACCUUUCGUGAGCACGUGCGGGUGCACGUACCGCUUUACACCCGGCAGUGGUACAUCGACGAGGAGGAGGACAGACGCCGGCGCAAGUUCUUUGAGAAGAACGGAGAGGAAGCUUACCUGGCCCGAUAUAUUGACAGCGAAUACACCGGACAUGUUGAGUUCCUCUAUGUUGAUCCUAAUGAGGUAUAG